CUAUCUGUCUGUCUGUGUGUAUUUGUGUGUGCUUUACGUAUACAUAAAACACACAUCAACACACACAUGCACUCGCACACUAAACUAUGCCUAAAAAGACAGUGUUCUGUGAGUCAAUAUUGGUCUGGUCUCCUCCUCAUCUGUUCUUCUCAUCAUGGCAACGUGUGCCCAUUUUUAAUUGUUGUCUUUGAGAAAUCUUUUUAUCUGUCCACUUGUCAUGUCCCCUUUUCCAUUUGAUAAAGACAUCAAUUUGUUUUGCAACCUGUUGUGAAGAAACAUUUUGUUUAGUCCUAAGGGAGAAUGAAAUUUAUUUACAGGCACUUUGGCGUCCUUUUUAUUUUUGAUGUCAAUUUGGCAAAAUUUAAAAAUUUUGUGUAAACUACAUGAGAUUCUCUUCAUGUUAUUUAUUGAGCUGCAUUCAAAGUUUGGAGCUAAUGGCCAUCUCAAGUCAUUAAGAGUGUAUCUCAUUUCAUGCUUGAUUUGUGUUCAUUUUCAUUCUGCCAGUCCAUCAGCAGCCAUUAGUUCUUUUUACUGACCCUUCUCACACAAUCCUCCCAACACACACACACAACCCUAAAACCUAAAUACCCUCCUUAUUAUCAUCAAAAUAUUUUUCAGAAUUGAAUCCUCGUGCUUCUGCAUGUUUUCAAUUUUCGCUUCCCUCAUUUUGGUCGGUUUUCAUCCAAAACCGUCCAUUUUUCAUUUCUGAAGCUCUUCCCCCUCCACUUGUAUUCAUUCUCGUCCUCCUAUCAGGCAAGAGAGACCAGUUGGCAUUAGUUGGAUGCCAAACAGUGGAUUAAGUGGGUAAUGCCUUGCGGUGGAUUUGAGGUAUAAUCGACAGUGUGCAGGUUGUCAAUAGAGACAGACUCAUAGACAGAUUAAACAUAGAUAGAAUAUAACAUCCCAUCUCAUCACUACCCCUCUCUUUUGCUCUGUCACAUUUUCCUUCUUUCUUUACGUUGUAUUUGAUGCUUCGUCUCUACUUGUCACUGACACACCUUUUUGGGAGCGCUGUUUUAAAGCCACUGCUAGAUUAUUUGUUUUUAGCCCAUAUAUCCAUGGACAUCUACCUAAAAUUGACUGUGCGCUCAGCAUUAAGGUGAAAAAUUACACCCAGUAGCGUAGGCCCACACCAGCCACUUUAGUCUGCUUUCCCCUUUUCUUAUGGACUGAUAAAGUGGCUUAAUAAAUACCUCUUUCUUGUUCUGAGAGUGGGAUGUCAUCGUGAAGGAAUAUGAAGGACCACUCGUUUUGCUCUGUCUUUGCUUUUGUGUCUCAACUCUGCUCCUCUGUAAAACAUCUCCACUACAGUCUAUAAAUUAUGUGUUACAGAAAAGAGUUAAUUAGACUGAGAAAGAGAAGAGCGCAGAGCGGACUGGCAAAUUGAUCAUGACUGGCUAAAGCAACCAAAGGCAAGGAGUGAAAGAAAGCUGAAGAAGAAGGAAGGAAGGGAGGGAAGAAGAAGAAGAAGAGGAUCGUCUUCCCCCACACUGAUAAGGCCCUAGCAUCGCCCAGCUCCGCCCUCUCCCAAACCAAGACCGCUCAUCCCUCAACCUGUAAGACCCCACUUCAGUCUUCUGUGCGUGACUUCAUCUGUCUACCAUCCCUUCAUCCGAGGCUAUGAGAGGAGGAGUCGAAUCCCAGAUCACUCCAUCAUGCCAGUUCUGAAGAGUAGAGAGGAGAUCCGGGCUGGCAAUGUUCAAGGGACGGCUUUUACACUCCUCCACAAUGCUUGUCAGCCUCUACCCUUCUCCCUCCCGUCUUCAGGACAAGCGCUUUGUCUUCCCCUCCUCCUCCCCCCAUCCUCCUCCUCCUCCAGACCAGCCCUGUCAUCAUACUUAUCCUCAGUCUCGGCUGACCCUGCCCUUCCUGUCCUUGACCUUUUCUCUGCUCCUCGUCUCCAUACUCCUCUUGCCCGUCUGCGAGUCUCGCAGGGGUGGAGGUCCAGGGACAGGGCCUGGAGGUGCCCCAGGGGGACAAGGUGGCCAGAGGGGAGGCGGCACCCAGAGGGGUGCGGUCAUCCCUCCUCAAUACUCUCCUGGUUUACCGCCUCUUCCCCCAAUCAGUCCCAAACUGAUCAACACACUCAGUAUUGCUGUCAUCCUGGUGGGCAACUCUAGUGAAGUAGCCCUGGGGGUUGGACUUGAGAAAGAGGACUUCCUCCACAUCCCUUACCCUCCAAAAGUCGAGGUGGUCACUAUGAACGAGACCGACCCCAAGAGUAUCAUCAAUCGAAUCUGCGCACAAAUGACAAGGAAUUCUCUGCAAGGCGUAGUGUUCGGUGACGAUACAGACCAGGAGGCCAUCGCUCAGAUACUGGACUUCAUCUCUGCCCAGACACACAUCCCCAUCCUGGGCAUCAGGGGAGGUUCCUCCAUGGUUAUGGCUGCCAAGGACGACCACUCCAUGUUUUUCCAGUUUGGUCCGUCCAUCGAGCAACAGGCCUCUGUCAUGUUGAACAUCAUGGAGGAGUAUGACUGGUACAUCUUCUCCAUUGUCACCACGUACUACCCUGGCUACCAGGACUUUGUCAACAAGAUCCGCAGUACCAUCGACAACAGCUUUGUGGGAUGGGAGCUAGAAGAGGUCCUCCUACUGGACAUGUCGGUGGAUGACGGAGACUCCAAGAUUCAGAAUCAGCUGAAGAAAUUGCAGAGUCCUGUUAUUCUGCUCUACUGCACAAAGGAGGAGGCUACCACUAUCUUCGAGGUGGCCCAUUCUGUGGGCCUCACAGGUUAUGGUUUCACCUGGAUCGUGCCCUCUUUGGUGGCUGGAGAUGCAGACCAUGUUCCCUCUGUCUUCCCUACAGGGCUUAUCUCCGUGUCAUAUGACGAAUGGGACUACAACAUCGAGGCCAGGGUACGUGAUGCAGUGGCUGUCAUUGCCACAGCGACCUCCACCAUGAUGCUGGACCGGGGGCCACACACCCUGCUGAAGACAAGCUGUCUCGGGACACCUGACAAAAAGAGCUCCAACACUGGCCACUCCAAGGAAAUACUGAAGUACCUCAUGAAUGUGACGUUUGAAGGCCGAAACCUGUCAUUUAGCGAGGAGGGUCACCAGAUGUUUCCCAAACUGGUCGUCAUUCUUCUAGACAACGAGAGACAGUGGGACAGGGUUGGCAAGUGGGAGAGAGGCUCUUUGACGAUGAGGUACCACGUGUGGCCCCGCUUUGAGCUCUACUCAGGAGCGGAGGAGCGGGAGGACCACCUGUCCAUCGUGACUCUGGAGGAGGCGCCAUUUGUCAUUGUGGAGGACGUGGACCCGCUCAGUGGGACCUGCAUGAGGAACACUGUGCCGUGCCGCAAACAGCUCAAACUCAACAAUCAGACAGGUGAUUCAGGGAUUUACAUCAAGCGCUGCUGCAAAGGUUUCUGUAUUGACAUCCUGAAGAAGAUCGCCAAGGCCGUGAAGUUCACUUACGACCUCUACCUGGUCACCAACGGCAAACACGGCAAAAAGGUUAAUGGGACGUGGAACGGCAUGGUUGGAGAGGUGGUGUUAAAGAAUGCCCACAUGGCAGUGGGUUCGCUCACCAUCAACGAGGAGAGGUCAGAGGUCAUUGACUUCUCUGUGCCCUUCAUUGAGACGGGGAUCAGUGUCAUGGUCUCCCGUAGCAAUGGAACCGUCUCCCCCUCCGCCUUUCUUGAACCUUUCAGUGCUGAUGUCUGGGUGAUGAUGUUUGUGAUGUUGCUGAUCGUGUCGGCCGUGGCUGUGUUUGUGUUUGAGUACUUCAGCCCGGUGGGUUACAAUCGCUGUCUGGCAGAUGGGCGAGAGCCCGGCGGUCCCUCCUUCACCAUCGGUAAGGCCGUCUGGCUGCUUUGGGGUCUGGUUUUCAACAACUCUGUCCCUGUGCAGAAUCCCAAAGGUACCACCAGUAAGAUCAUGGUGUCAGUGUGGGCCUUCUUCGCUGUCAUCUUCCUGGCUUCCUACACUGCCAACCUGGCUGCCUUCAUGAUCCAGGAGGAGUAUGUCGACCAGGUGUCGGGCCUGUCAGACAAAAAGUUCCAGAAGCCUAACGAAUUCUCGCCGCCAUUCCGGUUUGGCACGGUGCCCAAUGGGAGUACAGAGCGCAACAUCCGCAACAACUACCGGGACAUGCAUACUUACAUGACCAGCUUCCAUCAGAAGAAUGUAGAUGAAGCGCUGCACAGUCUGAAGACCGGCAAACUGGAUGCCUUCAUCUACGACGCUGCAGUGCUGAACUAUAUGGCCGGCAGAGACGAGGGCUGUAAGCUGGUCACCAUCGGAAGCGGCAAGGUGUUCGCCUCCACCGGUUACGGCAUCGCCAUCCAGAAAGACUCGGGCUGGAAACGAGCUGUGGAUCUGGCCAUCCUCAUGCUGUUUGGAGACGGUGACAUGGAGGAGUUUGAGGCCCUGUGGCUGACGGGCAUCUGCCACAAUGAGAAGAACGAGGUGAUGAGCAGUCAGCUGGAUGUGGACAACAUGGCGGGGGUCUUCUACAUGCUCGGGGCUGCCAUGAUUCUGUCAUUACUCACAUUCAUCUGUGAACAUUUGUUCUACUGGCAGCUGCGCUUCUGCUUCAUGGGCGUGUGCUCCGGACAGCCUGGGUUCACCUUCUCCAUUAGCAGAGGUAUCUACAGCUGCAUCCAUGGGGUACAAAUCGAGGAAAACAAGUCAACCAUAGACUCACCCUCGGCCACCAUGAAGAAGAACAUGAACAACACCCACUCCAACAUCCUGCGGUUGCUCCGCACUGCCAAGGAUAUGACCGCCGUCCCUGGCAUUAACGGCUCUCCGCAUGCCGCUCUGGAGUAUAGCCACAGCGGUCGCGACUCGGCUAUCUAUGAUAUCCAGGAGCAUCGGCGCAGCUUGGUGGGUCACCCUGUAGACUGCAAGCCAGCGCCACCCUACCUACCAGAGGACAACAUGUUCAGUGACUACAUAAGCGAGGUGGAGAGGACUUUUGGCAACUUGCCCCUGAAGGACAGCAACCUGUACCAGGACCAUUACCUGCACCACCACCCGGCCUCGGCUCUGGGUAUGUCCGGCCCCCCGCCUAAUAGGCCGCGUAGCUUAGGCAGUGCUAGCUCGUUGGAGGGGGGCAUGUUCGAUUGCGACAGUUUAGGGGGAGGGGUAGCGCCCAUCUUUACCACCCAGCCCCGCCCCUCCAUGACUCACAGGAAUACCAAUAAAUUUGACCUGAUCGCCGGCCACACCCCUGCGGAUUCCAACCAGGGUGGGUUCAAGGGAAGCAAUGUGUACGGGAGGUUUUCUUUCAAAGGAGGCGCCUCCAGCACGGGGUUCAUCGGGGGUCACGACAGGUACUGUGGUGGGGGUGGGGGAGGCUCGGGGGGUGAUGAUGGGAACAUUCGCUCUGAUGUUUCGGAUAUCUCCACGCACACUGUCACCUAUGGCAACCUGGAGGGCAACAACAAGCGGCGUAAGCAGUACAGGGACAGCCUGAAAAAGAGGCCAGCCUCGGCCAAGUGCAGACGGGAGCAGGACGAGAUAGAGCUGAGCGGCUUGAGGAGGAGAGCCCACCACCACACCGUCCACCACCACUUCCCCCACGGGCCUCAGGCACACCGCACGGUCUCACCUCCCCUGGAGCGGAAGAGGGGAGGAGGAGGGGGUAAUUCUUCACCUUACUUGUUCCGCAAAGACAAAGAGAACCUGAGGGAUUUCUAUGCGGACCAGUUCCGCUCCAAGGAGGGCAAGGCCAAGUGGGAGCAAGAGGGUGGAAGUGGAGGAAGUGGUGUGGGCGGUGGUAGCGGUGGUGGUAUCUGUAAAAGCUUAGUACCUGUAGAAGACUUCCUCAAAGGUAAAGGCAAGACACUGGAGUGUAAAGGUGGGCUUGGCUCAGUGUCGGCAGGGCAGCAGGCCCACACCUGCUGGGAGAAGGGGGUUUCUGGGAUAGGAGGAGGGGGCAUAGCAGGGGGUGACUGGGAGUGUCGUAACUGUCACAGUGUGUGUCACCACGGUGGUGGCGGCACGUGCCCAACUAGCGGACUUGGGGGUAGCAGCAGUCGCCCCAGCUCCGCUAGCUGCAAACGCUGUGACUCCUGUAAGAUCCAGCCAAGCAACCUUUACAACAUCAGCGAGGAUAAUAACAUGGUGUUCGCUGGAGGGAAGAGUAGCAUAGGACCCAACCAAACACAAACUCAGGCACAGCGCAGGAAGCUAGGGCCAGGUGGGAGGGUGUUACGGAGGCAACACUCCUAUGACACAUUUGUGGACCUGCAGAGGGAGGGGGCAGGCCGCAUGGGAGGGGUUGGCGGGGGUGUUGGGGGGCAGUUUCCCCAGCCCCGAAGUGUGAGCUUGAAAGACAAAGACCGCUUCAUGGAGGGCCCCAGCCCUUACGCUCACAUGUUUGAGAGGUAUGCAGGUGAAAGAGAGUCUUCCAUGUUCGGUGGAAUAGGCGGGGAUAGGGCAAAAGGUGGUUCCUCCUUCACUUUGUUCCGUGGAGGUGAAGGUGGGUUGCAUCAGCGGUCUGUGGGGGAGAGAGACCUGAGGGACAGAGAUAGAGCUAUGAUGGGAGGUGGGGGCUGUGGUGGUGGUGGUGGUGGUGGUGGCAGAGGGGCCGGGACUUACUCCUUGUCUAAAUCUCUCUACCCAGAUAAGGUGAACCAGAACCCCUUCAUCCCAACCUUCGACGACGACCAGUGUCUAUUACACGGUGCCAAACCGUACUACAUCAAAAAGCCACAGACGCAGCAACAGCAGCAGCAGCAGCAACUUCUCAACAACAGUCGAGGAGGAGGGGACUUCCGCGGCUCCAUUGGAGUGACUUCCUAUUUACCUGCAUCCGCCACAGCUGGGGUGAUGUCCAAUGUGGCCCCCCGUUUCCCCAAAGAUCUGUGUGUGGGCGGGGUGGGAGGGCCCAUGGGGAACCACCACGGGGCCAGCAAGCUACUGCCUGUGGGCAGGGACACGUUAGGUUUGGGGCAGGGACAGAGACCCUUCAACGGUGCCAGCAAUGGGCACGUUUAUGAAAAGCUCUCCAGCAUUGAGUCAGAUGUCUGAGGGUAAAGAUGGAGGAAGGAAGAGAGAGAGAGAGAGAAGAUGAAGUGGGUGAAGAAAAGAGAGGGACAGAGAGAUAACAUACAGAGGAAAAAAGAGAGAAACAGCACAGGCUGAUGACCUCUCUGUGGAAGAAAAUGAGGAGACACGAUUCUGUGUGUUGUUCUCACUCCACUAAAUGGAAAGAAUUUGGACGAUGCACAGAGGCCACUGCAGGCUAAGCUGUGGUGAAGUCCGGCGGGAGACAAGUUUUUAAUGAGAAGAGAGGAUUCUGGUGCUGCUCCGACGCUCAGAGAAAGAUAGGGAUGGAGGGAAGGAGGGGGGAAAAGUGAAAUAAAAUCUCCAGUCUCUGCUCUCUUCACAUGCUUAUUGUCUUUCCCUUCCUCCUGCAGUUCUUUAACACCAAAACAUUUUGUUUAGCAACAGAAAUACAAUCAUGAAUGAGAAAUCAACACUUCUGUUGAAGUAACAGGGUAAACUAAUAAUAAUUGUAUUGAUAAUGUUGAUAAUAUUAUUGAAUAUUAUUCCGGUGUUUAAUGAUGAUCGAUUUGGAUUGUUUUUCAAUUACAUUUAUUUAAAUAGUUCAUGUUACAUAUUUGUAUGAUGUUAAUUCUUUCUUAGCUUACCAAUAUUACAGGAUACUGGUAGACCAGUUUUUUUGGGGGGGGGGGUUCCUGUAAUUUGGACUCUUCUUUGCUAUUAAUUCUUCAUGUUUGAUUUUUGAUACUUUUCUUACUUUUGAGUGCCGUGAAGUGUAUGUGAAAGGCAUGACUUGCUGAGUACAUUCUAUGUACUUAAUACAUUUGCAAAGAAGGUAUUUUUUUUCAGCUGCAGAAGCAACAUCAUCAUACUGAUUUGCCAUUUACGCUAGUUUUUCUUCUCGGCAGUACCAAAUGGGUCUCACAUUUUGAGCUGGAUGUGCCUUAAAGGAUUAUUAUUGAUUUUCCACACAUAAAAUCUGUUGAAUCUGUUCCACCUGAAAUCAAUUAGCCAAUUGAUUUGAGAGUGAUAAUAUACCUUAAAACAUCUGGUAUGAAGGUAGAGUGUAAUGAGCAUAACAAACUUUUAGGCAUUUAACAGAUGUAAUAAUACAAAGUAAAACAUAGAAAUCUCUGCAUUAGAGGAAGCUUAAAUUCCUACAUAGAUCCCAAACAAUAAAAGCAGCCAAUGGCAGGAUCACAAGGGUUAAAACCACAGUGCCAUGAUAAAUAAACAUUCCUAUUCCCCCCAAAAGUCAGGUACAACCUACAACACAGCCGUCCCGCUGUAUGUGAAGAAAUAUGAUUUAGAAAUAAAAUAUGGAAGCUUCUCCUUGUACUGUUAACUACACAAUUAAUCUAACUACAUGUCAAUUUCUUUAAAUUGUUCUAAUAAGCUCAGUAAGCUUUAUCACUCCACAUCUCCUCAAACCCCACUGUUCAUUUUUUGCAUAACAGAUGACCCAGGAACCAACUAUCCAUUAAAUACACUGAAUGACAUCCAAUGUCCGCUUGUUGCUCUCAUUGCGUUUCAUUGGGUCUGACUCAAUUGGCCGUGACAGUUUUGCUGUUCAGGACAGGAACAUAAUGGACUCUCUGUGAGGCCUCCGUUGCUGGGAUGAGCAGCCUGGCACAAUAAUUAUUUCAUGAUUAUGGCUAUAAACCCUGCCUGCUGUAUUAGAUGGUCACAUUUGAAUGAUGGGAGGAAGUGUUGAACAUUUUCUCUCUGCUGGUGUAAAGGACCACAGCGGGCUCAUAAUUUCAACCACACUAGUACACAGUCCAAGAAUCUCAUGACUUAGUCUUAAAAUUAUUCAUAACUUACUUUACUCUUAGCAUGUCAUUUUGUUAUUUUUCUAAUAAAGACAAGUGUUUCAAGCUUGUAAAUGGGGUAAAAAGUGCAAAAUAUUUGCACUCACUAUACAGCUACUGAAUACUGUUUUAAAGGAAUAGUUUGACAUUUUGGGAAACAUUUUGCUUCCUUGCCGAGAGUUAGAUAAGAAGAUUGAUGUCACUCUCAUGUCUGUACAGUAGUUAGGAAGCUCCAGUCGGUUAGCUAAGCAUAGCAUAAAGACUGUAAACAGAGGGAAACAGCUAUCCUGGCACUUUUCAAAGAUCAUCUAAAGCUCACUGGUCAAGCGUUAUAUGUUGUUUGUUUAAUCUGUGCAAAAAAAAACUGUAAAAAUUACAUUUUGUAGGGAUGUUUACAUGUCUUUAUUGUCAUCACCAUGAUGUGGCCAGUCAAGAAAUAGCCCGACAGUUUUUUGGACAGAUCAAACAAGUGACCUGCGGAGGUGCUGGUGGGCAUAUUAUGUUGCCUUUGGACAGGGUAGUUGUUUCCUCCUGUUUCCAGUCUUUUCUUCCAGGCUAAGCUAAGCUAACAGGCUGCUGGCUGUAGCUUCAUAUUUAACACAAGUAUGAAAGUGGUAUUGAUCCUCUCAUCUAUCUCUAUUUCCCAAAAUGUCAAACUGUUCCUUUAAGAGAACCAGGUUAAUAUAAGUCUAUACCUUUGUGCACUCAGUGAUCAUUUCUCCCAUAAUGUUGUUCAAGCUCACACCUUUCACCAAACAGAACAUAAAAAAUUAUUUCAGUAUGUACUGUAACCUUGAUUUCUCCCUCCACCGGACCAUAAUCUCUAUCACAUGCUGAGAUUUUGAUGAAGGAAAGAAUUUGCCCUUAAGUCUAAGGUCCUAUGUGGAAUGUGUCAGCUGCAGACAUCUGAGGAGAAAAAUAAUAAAAGAGGAAUAAACAGCAUCCUUAAAGCAGGUGGUACAUUUAGUAAAAAGCUUUGCCUUUGUUACUGAUGGAUAUGUAGUUAUUUUGAUCAAAAGGCAGGUCCCAAAUCCACAACAUUAGACACACAGGGCAUCGCUGCUCUAACACAUUAAACAUAGACAAACAUAGAAGUUAUGUUUAAUUUACAACAUCUCUACCAUUAAAAUAUUGUAAGUUACAAUUUAAGACAACUAUUCUCCUUUUCCAGUUAUUUGUUGUCACUUAAACCUGAUGUUUAGUCAUUUUGCCAAACCAAAUUUUACUGCCUAAGCACAAUCUGACUGAAUGGGUUCAAUAUUGAUUUUGUUGUACAUCCCAGUCAAAACUUUAGAAGACUUUCCUAAUCUUGCUUGACAAGUCAGUAUGUAUGAUAUUAGGGGUCUCUAGUGUUUGUGAGGACUUGCAUGUAUACACUUAGUUUUUUUCUUCAUUUGUGUUUUUUAUUCUUAACUUGUAGCCCAGAAAAAAAUGGGUGUUUUUGAACAAUAUUUGAAAUUUUUUCAAUUUCAUUGGUACUGAUGAUCCAUGUAGUACUGUAGGUGUGUGUGUGUGUGUGUGUGUGUGUGUGUGUGUGUGUGUGCGUGCGUGCGCGCGUGCUUGUUUGUGCAAAUGAAGACACCAAUAUAACAGUCUAAAUUUAGGUUAUGAACUACUUAAUUAAACAUGGCUAAAUUUUAUUAAAAGUUUCACUAGAAAUAGAAAAGAAUUUUUAUUGUUAAUGUUAAACAAAGAUCAGUUUUCUUGACAGUUCGUGUAAAUGCUUUUAAACAAGGUUGAGGUCUUGGUUAAUACAUUCAUUGUCACUGAAGAAGCCUUCAUCUCAACUACUUUUCCUAUUUUUUCCUUUAAAUAUCUCAGUACAUUUCAUUAUUUCUGUUAUUGUAUGUGCCUGAAUACAUACGCUUAAUUACCUCUGUGUGUGCUCAUAUGGAAGAGAGACAGAGUGUGUGUGAGAGAUAACUGUUUAUUGUACUUGUAUUAUAAAACUGUAUGUAAAUACUUUACCUCACGCUCAUGGACUUUUGAUAAAAACUGUACAAACGGCAGAGAAUAGAUCUAUUUGGGAUAAAUCUUUGAUUCGUAGGUCCCCUUGCAAAAUUGCUUUUGUACCGACUUCAGGCCAAGAUAUGUGCAAUCAUUUAUUAUUACACAGAUAAGUAAAGGUUUGUUGAUGUGUUUUGAUUUUCUUUUUGGAUUGAGUCAAAGACUCAAAGGCUAAGAAGGUUGUUUUCUCAAAGGAAAAAUUGUAAAGCACCAUCAUUCAUUGGUACACAGAAAGCACAAACGAUUAUCUAUUGCCUUUUUACAAGGUAGUCUCGUUUUUUUUUCCUCUUUGGCUAAUCUUCUGUUUUUGUUUUUUGCCAGAGCAGAUCGAACAACUCCACCACUGAGCUGUACAGAUUGUGAAAAAUGUACAUACGACAAAAAUCUAGUUCACCCUCGCAUUUUUUGUAUGGAGAGAAAUUACUUGUGUGAAGAGAGUAUUUCAAAUUUGAUUGAAUAUUUAGUAAUAUUGAAAAUGAGAUUAAACACAGUCAAUGUGAAAAUAAGUGCUGAGAAAUAUUAUUCUUCUGUCUCUUUGGAAUAAAAGUGUUGAGUAUUAAUAAAA